UGCGGAAGGCAGUUCACUUACAAAACCCAUUGCCGUCGGUCUGGCACUCAACUGGUGCAAAAUCGUCGUCUAUUUGUCUACCCCCCCUUCAAUCCGCAAUUAAAUUCCUUGUUGACGGACUUCCAUCGUAAAGGCUUCAAUCGCGUGUGAUUCUCGAGUGUGCAGUUUACGUAGUCGCUUUUCAAGGAUAUCUCUUAAACAAAAUGUUGCGCUUUCUCGCAUUGACACUGCUGGCAACCUUGGCUGCUGGCCAGAAUUAUCAUCAGGAUCCCAAGACGGCGGCCAUUAUCAGUGAGCAGCGUUAUUUGUCGGGUGAUGGUAAAUUUGGUGCCGCCUACACACAAGAAGAUGGCAUUAACUUCAAAGAGGAGACAGAUGCCGAUGGCACGCGUCAUGGCAGCUACAGCUAUGUGGAUCCCUCAGGCGAACGUCGCACCAUCUCCUACACGGCAGGCAAGAAUGGCUUCCAAGCAUCGGGUGACCAUCUGCCAGUGGCUCCUCCAGCUCCACCACAGCCCGUGCCCACCUCCGGUUAUCAGCCACAGUCGCAGUACCAGCCACAGCAACAGUAUCAGCCACAACAGCAAUAUCAGGCUCCUGCACAGCCACAGUCCUCGUUCCGCAGCAAUGAUUACGGUGAUGAUGGCUCCUACGAUCCUCGCUACAACGAUCCCUCGUUCGGCCAGCAGCAGCAGUCAUAUCAGCAGCCCGCUCCUCAGCCUCAGUAUCGUCCCGCUCCGGCGCCACAAUAUCAGCCUACUCCCCAGCAACAGAGUUACCAGCAGCCACAGUAUCAGCCACAACAGCAGCCCAACUAUUACACCACAACCACGCCCAAUCCUCAUCGUUUCUCGCCACCCGGCAAGCUGUCGCUGAACCGCACGCCCGAUGGCUUCACCUACUCCUUCAACAAGGUCUAAACGGUUGGAGAGAGAACCAUAUAGAUUGAGCUUGUUUCUAUUUUUGUAAUUUAACACUCUUUCACUCUCUUUUCUCUUUCUUCUCACUAUAUCUCUCUCACUCUGUUUCACAUUUCUUCUGCAUCUCACUUUUUGCAUUUUCUUUCACUAUUUUCACUGUUCUAUCGCAGUUCUUGACUUCAUCAAAACUCUCUUGUGAUAUGUAUAAGAAAAGAAAGAAAGAAAACUGUUUCAACAAAAGUAUAUCGUAAUCUCCUACUAACUAACUAUAUGUGUUAUGUAUAAUGGAGUGCACAGUUUUUGUUUGUAAUUUAUAUAUAAUACUUCCUCAAAUGCUGUUAAAUCCCAUUCUACUCUCCUAUUGUGAAGCGAAACCAAUAAACUUGUAAGUGUGUGCGGUUGAAGACGUUUAAACGAAACAAAA